AGGGAAGGCCUCUUGAAAGAGGUACUGUUUAAGCAGACACCUGAAUGACCAGGAGCUGCCAGGCAGAAGUCUGGAGGAAGGGCACUCCAGGCAGAGUCAACAGCUCAGGCAAGCUGCUAGGGUGGGAAUGACCUUGGUGUGUUUGAGGAACAAAAAAGGCCAGGGGGCUGGAGCUAGCCUGCCAGGUGGGAUGGAGAGUAUUAAAGAUGUGUGGGAAGCAGGCAGGUGCCAGACCAGAAGGGCCUCUUUGUAGAUCAGGGAGCGGAGUUUGGGUUUUAUUCACAUAGCACUGAGAAAUCAUUAACGGGUUCUAAGCAGCAUAUUGUGUGAUUUACAUUUUGAAAGGUGAUUCUUUACGAUGCCCGAAAUUCGCUUUUAAACAAUACAGGAAAAGGGGAAGUGGUGAGGAUACAGAUGAAACAAGACUGACCAUGAGUUUGGGGACUGUUGAAGCUGUAUGAUAAGUAACAAAGGGGUUCCUUAUAUUGUUGGGUCUACUUUUAUGUAUGUUUGGCAUUUUUCAUAAUUGAGAAUUAAAUGCAAGAUCAUUCUGGGUGGACAGAGGGGCAGUAGUAGAAACGGAGGCCAACGUGGAGUCUGUUGCACUAGUUCAGGAAAGAGAUGGUAAUGGUUUGGGCCACGGCUGUGCUGGUGGAGAUGAGAAUAAACAGAUGGGUGAGAUGCUCGCUUGAGAGGUUGCUGUCGAAUUGCCUAUGGGUGGGGGCAAAAGGAAACUUGGGUUUUUAGACUCAGCAACCAGAUCAAUGGUGGUACCAAAUUUUGAGACAGAAGAUGGGGAGGAGCAAGUUCAGAGGAGAAGUAGAGUUCUGAUUUUGGACUUGUUGAGUUUGAAGUCUGUUAGACACUAAGGAAGCUUCAAGUUGGCAAAUGGGUACUUGAAUCAGGUGCUCAGGAGAAGAGGGGCUGGAGUAUCCAGAGAAUCAACUGCCUGACCGGGUGUCUCCCCUGCCACCUCACAGCGCCAGUCUCUCCGUGUUUUCCCAUAGGGUCCUGGCUGUCACGCUGAAAUGAACCCCCAGCUCUCCUCCGUCUGCCAUGGCCACCCUUAACGCAUCCUCGACCGCCAGCACCGCCCCGUCCCCUGGGCACAAUGCCCCGUCCCCGCCUCCGGACACCUCCUCCCCCAGCACCCCCUCUGAUCCUGUCACCAAAGAUCCCCCUGCUGCUCCCUCCACCUCUGAGAACAUGAGGUCCUCAGAGCCAGGGGGGCAGCCCCUGGAGUCAGGCUGUGGCCUCAUCCCACCAAAGGAGAUAGGGGAGCCCCUAGAAGAGCCUGGCUGUGGGGGCUUCCCAUCGAAGGACCUGGGGGUGGAAGAGGACAAGGAGCAGGAGGAGGAAGGAGGAGGGCUCCCUCCUGUGAACCUCAGUGACCACUUAUUCUUCACAGCUGGCGGUGAGGCCUGCCUAGUGGCCAAGCUGUCCCUGCCAGGUGGCAGUGAACUCCUGUUACCAAAGGGCUUCCCCUGGGCUGAGGCAGGCGUCAAGGAAGAGCCCAGCCCACCCCUCCUUGCCCACCCGCCCCCUGCACACCUCACUGCCCUUCACAUCCAACAUGGCUUUGACCCAGUCCAAGGCUUUAGCUCUUCUGACCAAAUUCUGUCCCACGAUACCUCAGCGCCAUCUCCGGCCACUUGUGAGGGAAGGGAUGGAGCCUUCUGGAGCUACCAGCUGGCUCCACACCCACCCGGAGAUCCCAAAGAUGGCCCCAUGGGGAGCAAGGGAGGAGACCCCAGGGCACUCUUCUGGCUCUGCCUCCUGUGCCGCCUGGGUUUCAGCAGGCCCCAGGCCUUUGUGGGUCACAUGCAGUCUCAUGGGGUGACGCUAACCCCCGCUCAACACCAGGGCCUGCUGGGCAAUCCAGCCGUGCUCCAGCAGGGGGGUGAGGGCUACGUGGCCCUCCUAAGCUUUCUGGAACCAAAAGCGCCUGCUCGCCCCCCUUUAGAGAUACCCCUUAACAACAGUGGCACCGGGAACAUGGAGGCGAAUGCAGCCCAGACCGAAGAUGGUCCCCCUGAGGCAGAAGCCCAGGCCCCUGUCCUGCCCGUGGAAGAAGUCAUGGCCCUCAGCCCACCCUCCCCUCCAACCACCCCGGCCACCUGGGACCCCAGCCCAACCCAAGCCAAAGAAUCGCCAACGGCGGCAGGCGAGGCAGGGCCGGAUUGGUUCCCCGAGGGGCAAGAGGAGGAUGAGGGGCUCUGCCCCCCACUCAACCAAAGCUCACCCACCUCCAAGGAGGGGGGCACUCUCCCUGCCCCUGUGGGCUCCCCCGAAGACCCCAGUGACCCACCCCAGCCCUAUCGCCUAGCUGACGACUAUACCCCUGCCCCGGCAACCUUCCAGGGCCUCAGUCUGUCCAGCCACAUGUCUCUGCUACACUCACGCAACUCCUGCAAGACGCUCAAGUGUCCCAAGUGCAACUGGCACUACAAGUACCAGCAGACCCUGGACGUGCACAUGCGGGAGAAGCACCCCGAAAGCAACAGUCACUGCAGCUACUGCAGUGCCGGGGGGGCCCACCCCCGCCUUGCCCGGGGAGAGAGCUACAACUGCGGCUACAAGCCCUACCGCUGCGACGUCUGCAACUACUCCACCACCACCAAGGGCAACCUCAGCAUCCACAUGCAGUCCGACAAGCACCUGGCCAACCUGCAGGGCUUCCAGGCGGGGCCCGGCGGGCAGGGGAGCCCCCCAGAGGCAGCGCUCCCACCCUCCGCGGGGGACAAGGAGCCCAAGACCAAAUCGUCCUGGCAGUGCAAGGUGUGCAGCUACGAGACCAACAUCUCCCGCAACCUGCGCAUCCACAUGACCUCAGAGAAGCACAUGCAGAACGUCCUCAUGCUGCACCAGGGGCUGCCGCUGGGGCUGCCGGCCGGGGCGUUGGGGCCAGGCCCCCCUCCCCAAGCCGGGGGUGCGCCCACCACCCCCCCGGAACUCUUUCAGUAUUUCGGACCGCAGGCCAUAGGGCAGCCUCAGGCUUCCUUGCCUGGCCCCGGACUGAGGCCAGACAAGCCCCUGGAAGCGCAGCUGCUUCUCAAUGGCUUCCACCACCUCGGAGCGCCUGCCCGCAAGUUCCCCACACCUGCCCCUGGCAGCUCCUCCCCGGACGCCCACCUGCCUCCAAGUCAGCUCCUAGGCUCCUUGUCUGAUGGGCUGCCCACCUCGCCACCCCCAGAUGACAGCCCAUCCCUGAAGGUGUUCCGCUGCCUCGUGUGCCAGGCCUUCAGCACAGACAGCCUGGAGCUGCUGCUCUACCACUGCAGCCUGGGCCGGAGCCUCCCGGAGGCCGAGUGGAAGGAGGUGGCCGGCGACACCCACCGCUGCAAGCUCUGCUGCUAUGGCACCCAGCUCAAGGCCAACUUCCAGCUCCACCUGAAGACCGACAAACAUGCUCAGAAGUACCAGCUGGCGGCCCACCUGAGGGAGGGGGGUGGGGCCAUUGGCACCCCCUCCCCAGUGCCCCUGGGAGAUGGGGCUCACUAUGGGUCUGUCCCCCACCUGCACCUGCGCUGCAACAUCUGUGACUUUGAGUCCAACAGCAAGGAGAAGAUGCAGCUGCAUGCUCGGGGCGCAGCCCAUGAAGAAAACAGCCACAUCUAUAAGUUUCUGUUGGAGAUGGAGGGGGCAGCGGCGGGGGCGGAGCUGGGGCUGUUCCGCUGCCUGCUGUGUGCCUGGGAGACACCUUCCCGCCUGGCGGUGCUGCAGCACCUGCACGCACCGGCCCACCGCGACGCCCAGGCCCAGCGGCGUCUGCAGCUGCUGCAGAGCGGCCUCACGGCCGACGAGGGGCUCUCGGCUCUUCAGGGCAUCCUGAGCUUCAGCCAUGGGCAGCUCCAGACUCCAGGGAAGGCUCCCAUCACCCCGUCAGCUGAGCCACCCACCCCUGAGAAAGAUGCCCAGAAUAAGACCGAACAGUUGGCUUCUGAAGAAGCAGAGAACAAGACCGGCCCUCCUGGAGACAGUGCCAGCCAGACCACGGUGUUCUGCUGUCCGUACUGCAGUUUCCUGAGCCCCGAGUCCGACCAGGUGAGGGCUCACGCCCUCUCCCAGCAUGCAGUGCAGCCCAAGUACCGCUGCCCGCUGUGCCAGGAGCAGCUGGUGGGCCGGCCAGCCCUCCACUUCCACCUCAGCCACCUGCACAACGUGGUGCCCGAGUGUGUUGAGAAGCUGCUGCUUGUGGCCACAACUGUAGAGAUGACCUUGACAACCAAAGUGCUGCCCGGGCCCACUCUCAGCCCUCAGGGUGAUGGCCCCGAGCCUCCUGCUCCUGGGCCAGAGCCCAUGCCCAGCAGAAACCAAGCAGUAGAAGGCCCUCACCUGACCCCGGAAGCCAGUCCCGAUCCUCUUCCUGAGCCUCCCCUGCCCUCAGCUGAGGGCCCCGACAAGCCCAUGGGAAGCCCUGACCAGCCCCCUUCUCCAGCCCCAUCUCCGGCCCCUCGGACUGAGGCCCAAGCUGACGAAGUGGCUCCUCUACCCACCAUGGCUGAGGAGGAAGAGGGGGCUGGCGGGGAGCCCCGCCCAGCAGAGCCAGCUCCAGCUGACUCUCGCCACCCUCUGACCUAUCGGAAGACCACCAACUUUGCCCUGGACAAGUUUCUUGACCCUGCCCGGCCCUAUAAGUGCACUGUGUGUAAGGAGUCCUUCACGCAGAAGAACAUCCUCCUGGUCCAUUAUAACUCGGUCUCCCACCUGCACAAAAUGAAGAAGGCUGCCAUUGACCCCUCCAGCCCUGCCCGGGGAGAAGCCAGCACCGCGCCCACCACCGCUGGGGCCACAGACAAGCCCUUUAAGUGCACAGUCUGCCGGGUCUCCUACAACCAGAGCUCCACCCUGGAGAUCCACAUGCGCUCCGUCCUGCACCAGACUCGCUCGAGGGGAGCCAAGACUGACACCAAGGCUGAGGGGCCAGAGCGUGGCCCGGAAGAGCCCAAGGAAGGCGAGACUGAGGGGGAGGUGGGCACUGAGAAGAAGGGCCCUGAUCCUGGGGGCUUCAUGUCUGGAUUACCCUUCCUAUCCCCUCCUCCACCUCCCUUGGACCUGCACCGAUUCCCAGCCCCCCUCUUCACCCCACCGGUCCUGCCCCCCUUCCCUCUGGUGCCCGAGUCACUGCUGAAGCUCCAGCAGCAGCAGCUGCUCCUGCCCUUCUACCUCCAUGACCUCAAGGUAGGGCCCAAGCUGGCACUGGCUGGGCCUGCGCCCCUGCUGUCCCUGCCGGCUGCCGCCCCUCCACCCCCACCCCCGCCCCCUAAGGCCGAGCUGGCUGAACGAGAGUGGGAGCGGCCCCCUAUGACCGAAGAAGGGAGUGAGGCAGCACCCACCUCACCCCCUCACCCCAUGCCCAAUGAGGCAGCCCGCACCGCAGCCAAAGCCCUUCUGGAAAAUUUCGGGUUUGAGCUGGUAAUCCAGUACAAUGAAGGGAAGCAGGCUGUGCCCCCUCCCCCAACCCCACCCCCACCAGAGGCCCUGGGGGGUGGGGACAAGCUGGCCUGCGGGGCCUGUGGGAAACUCUUCUCCAAUAUGCUCAUCCUCAAGACGCACGAGGAGCACGUGCACCGCCGCUUUCUGCCCUUCGAGGCCCUGAGCCGUUACGCUGCUCAGUUUCGAAAGAGCUAUGAUAGCCUCUACCCACCCCCCGAUGAGUCCCCCAAACCCCCUGAUGGGUCUCUGGACUCACCUGCUCCCCAGCUGGGCCCACACUUCCUGGUCCCAGAGCCUGAGGCUGGGGGGACCCGUCCCCCUGAGGAGCGAAGCCGGGCAGGAGGACGCUGGCCCCCAGAGGAGGAAGAAAGCUCCAGAGGGAAUCUUCCUCCCCUAGUGCCUGCAGGCCGCCGCUUCUCCAGAACCAAGUUCACUGAGUUCCAGACCCAAGCCCUGCAGUCUUUCUUUGAGACCAGUGCCUACCCCAAGGAUGGAGAGGUGGAGCGGCUCGCAAGUCUCCUGGGCCUGGCUAGCCGUGUGGUGGUAGUGUGGUUCCAGAAUGCCCGCCAGAAAGCUCGCAAAAACGCCAGUGAGGGUGGGCCCAUGCCAAGCGGAGGGGGCCCUGGGGGAGCCUCUGGCUGCAGGCGCUGCCAUGCCACCUUCUCCUGCGUUUUUGACUUGGUGCGGCACCUCAAGAAGUGCUAUGAUGACCAGCCUCCUGAAGAGGAGGAAGAGGAGGCAGAGAGAGGGGAAGAGGAGGAAGAGGUGGAGGAGGAAGACACAGAGGAGGAACAGGGCCUGGAACCCCCAGCAAAGCCGGAGGGCCCACUGCCGGAACCUACAGACAGGGAAGAGCUGAGCCAAGCAGAGGCCACAAAGCCAGGAGGCAAAGAGCCUGAAGGGAGGGCCCCUCCCUCGCCUUCCCCAGUCCACAACUGUGACCAGUGCGCUGUGUCCUUCCCCAGCCAGGACCUCCUGACCAGUCACCGCCGACUCCAUUUCCUGCCAUCCGUGCAGCCCAGCGCUGCCCCCCACCUCCUAGACCUUCCCCUGCUGGUGUUUGGGGAGCGAAACCCCCUGGUGGCAGGCACUCCACCAGUGCCGGGGCCACCCCUCAAACGGAAGCACGAGGACGGCAGCCUGUCCCCCACGGGCAGUGAAGCCGGGGGUGGGGGGGAGGGCGAGCCCCCCAGGGACAAGCGCCUGCGCACCACCAUCCUGCCCGAACAGCUGGAGAUCCUGUACCGCUGGUACAUGCAGGACUCCAACCCCACGCGCAAGAUGCUGGACUGCAUCUCCGAGGAGGUGGGACUCAAGAAGCGAGUGGUGCAGGUCUGGUUCCAAAACACCAGGGCUCGGGAGAGGAAAGGCCAGUUUCGAAGCACCCCUGGGGGAGUGCCCAAUCCGGCAGUCAAGCCCCCCAUCACACCCAGCCCUGCACCCUUCCCCAAGUUCAACCUCCUGCUGGGCAAGGUGGAUGAUGGGGCUGGAAGGGAGGCCCCAAAGAGGGAAGCACCUGCUUUCCCCUACCCCACAGUCACCCCUGCUGCCGGGCCCCUGCCUUUCCUACCACCUGGGAAAGAGGCCACCACCCCGACACCAGAGCCACCUUUACCUCUCCCACCUCCCCCACCACCCAGUGAGGAUGAGGGUCCAGAGGAACCAUCUAAAGCUUCUCCAGAGAGUGAGGCUUGCAGUCCAUCUGCAGGGGAUCUAAGUGAUUCGUCAGCGUCUAGCCUGGCUGAACCAGAGUCCCCUGGGGCUGGAGGGACCAGUGGGGGUCCAGGAGGAGGGGCCGGAAUUCCAGACGGAAUGGGGCAGCGGCGCUACAGGACCCAGAUGAGCAGCCUGCAGUUGAAGAUAAUGAAAGCCUGCUACGAAGCCUACCGCACCCCCACCAUGCAGGAGUGUGAGGUGCUGGGGGAGGAGAUCGGGCUGCCCAAGAGAGUCAUCCAGGUCUGGUUCCAGAAUGCUCGUGCCAAGGAAAAGAAGGCCAAACUGCAGGGGGCAGCAGCUGGGGGGGCUGGGGGCAGCAGUGAGGGCCCCUUAGGAGUCCAGCGCACCGACUGCCCCUACUGUGACGUCAAGUAUGAUUUCUAUGUCUCCUGCCGAGGCCAUCUGUUUUCCCGCCAGCACUUGGCCAAGCUCAAGGAGGCCGUCCGAGCCCAGCUGAAGAGUGAGAGCAAGAGCUAUGACCUGGCCCCAGCACCCGAGGCACCUCCAGCUCCCAAGGCUCCACCUGCCACCACACCUGCCUCUGUGCCCCUUGGGACUGCCCCAGCUCUGCCUCGCCUGGCCCCGGUCCUCCUGUCUGGUCCAGCUCUGGCCCAGCCCCCGCUGGGCAGCUUAGCUCCUUUCAGUUCAGGCCCUGCAGCCUCCUCAGGCCUCCUUGGCCUCGCCACUUCAGUCCUGCCUGCUACCACAGUGGUCCAGACUGCUGGCCCCGGCUGCCCCUUACCUCAGAGACCUAUGCCUGACCAAACCAACACCUCCACCACAGGCACCAGUGACCCUGCCCCAGGCCUGCCUACUGAACCCUCUGGGGACAAGGUCUCUGGUGAGCGAAAGCCAGUUGCAGCCCCCACCAGCUCCUCCACUGACGCCCUCAAGAACCUCAAAGCAUUGAAGGCCACUGUCCCAGCCCUGUUAGGGGGCCAAUUCUUGCCCUUCCCGUUGCCCCCUGCAGGGGGGGCCACACCGCCAGCUGUCUUUGGCCCCCAGUUACAGGGGGCCUACUUCCAACAGCUCUAUGGCAUGAAGAAGGGGCUGUUUCCCAUGAACCCCGUGAUACCUCAGACCCUCAUUGGACUGCUCCCCAACACCCUCCUCCAGCCACCGCCCCAGCCCCCCGAGCCCACGGCCACAGCACCUCCAAAGCCGCCUGAACUGCCCGCUCCAGGGGAGGGCGAGGCCGGGGAGGCCGACGAGCUGCUGACGGGCAGCACUGGCAUCUCCACCGUGGAUGUGACCCACCGCUACCUGUGCCGCCAGUGCAGGAUGGCAUUCGACGGGGAGGCCUUGGCCACUGCUCACCAGAGAUCCUUCUGCUUCUUUGGGCGGGGCUCUGGGGGCUCCGUGCCCCCACCACUGCGGGUGCCCAUUUGCACCUACCACUGCCUGGCAUGUGAGGUGCUGCUGAGUGGGCGCGAAGCCCUGGCCUCGCACCUGCGCUCCUCGGCCCACAGGCGCAAGGCGGCCCCGCCCCCAGGGGGCCCACCUGUCACCGCCACCAAUGCCACCACUGCCGCCACGGCUGCUGUGGCUUUUGCCAAAGAGGAAGCAAGAUUACCUCACACGGACUCCAACCCAAAAACUACUACUACCUCUACACUUCUAGCUUUAUAAACAGAUAAACCAAGAUUCAGGGGAAGGGAAGGCCUCUGGCUCCUCUUACCCCAAGGGGUGUUGGGUGGGAGCUCAAAUCCCUCACCCCACCCCUGGCUCCGCCCACCUCGUGGGAAUCUUUCCAUUCCCACCCUCAGUGGGCUUCACACACCCCACCUCCAGCAGAGGCCUGCCUCCUCCCCCACCCCCACAGACACACUGAUCCUACGCAAAUCCUCGCCCUUCCUCAUGGGCACACACACCCAUCUUGCCAUCCUGAUUGCUUAUUCAGGCUGCCCUGCCCACCAGACACAAAAACUGCCCUGGGUUUCAUCUUCCUACAACCUCUUUCCUACUGAAUUCCCAGUCAUCCCUCCAACUCCUAUAAACCUGCAAAUACAUGUUAUCCCAUGCAGUUCCACUGAAUGAGAAAACAACCAAAAAAAAAAAAAAGAAGAGAGAGAGAAGAAAGGAAAAAGAAAACCCAAGACUAAGAAGGGGGAAGGAAAAUAAACUUCUGCCACUCCCCCUUCCUACCCGCUCCCGCGCUGUCUAGAGCACCAUACAGCUCACAGACUCCAAAUACCCAGCUGGCUCCCAAGGUUGGAGCCUGAGAUGGGCAGGGAGCCCACAAAACUCUAACCAAACUGGAGGUUGGCGGGGAGAAGUGCUCCCAGCUCACUCUCCUCACAUCCUUCCCUCCUCACCCUCUCCUCCCCUGACAGGGGAACCCCUGUGGCCUGGACUCUAGGUGAAGCCGCUGCCAGGAAACCCUCUGCCAACCCCCACCCUGCACCCUGGGAACUACAGUAAAUUAUUCUCAAAGGCUUUAAACACAGAGAUACUCUCAGCAGCCGUGGGCCUGCCCCUUGUCCCAGCCCUGCCAUGUGGGGGUCCAGCCUCCGGGACCGGCGCUGCCCACCAACGGCAAAUCCAAAGUUCUUUAAAAAAAAAACUGAAACACACACAACCAAAAAAAAAAAAAAAAA